AUCUCCUCCCAUAUCCUUCUAUAUCACGGCCCAGCGAGCAGGGUGGGAGCUAGUUUCUUUUCCAGCUUGUCCAGGUUUGGUUCCAGCCGUCCCGCUGCUUCUCCGGGCCCUGGGUGCUUGCCUUUUCUCCUCCCUUAGCAACCGGGAGCCUGUGGACGCUACCAAGCAGCAACUGGGAGGCUGCGGGGAACCCGGGCAAGGAAGGGAGGAGCCCAGCCCAGGUGCUCUGAGUCCCACCGCGGCAGCAGCGCAAAGCCACCGUUAGCUGCGUCUGCACCUGCAGCGGGGUCCAAAAGGGAUUCAGCAAAAAUGAGCCAUUCGCACCCCGCUGGAUUACUUGCCACUUAUAACAGCCUCACAGAUAAACACCUGGCUGGGUAUUUUAACAAUACCAGGAUCAGGCGGCACCUCCUAAGAUCAGGGCUGAUCACUAGAAGUGGGAGGAUACUUUCUGAAAAGGAGUACAAAGUAAACACCAUGAAGCAGGAUCACAAAAAAUACAUCCGGGAGUGCUUAGCCCAGGCCAUCUUCCACAAGGUUCUUGAUAUGGAGCGCGAUCACCAGCUGGAAAUAAAAAGGAAACUGGAUACCUUAGCUAGGAAAGAGCGGACUCAGAGGCUGAAGGGAGAGUACACAAGACGAUUUAUUGAAGAUAACAUGCCCAUUCUGACUCCCCAUCCUCCAGCUGGUCCAAAGACUAACCGUGGCUGUAGCGUUCUGGCUGAGGAAGGACGUUCUAGUCCAUUAACACUGACAGCUCCUCGACCAUAUACUGCCCCAGGAAAUAUGCAGCCUCCAAUUCGAUUGCAGCCUCUUCUCAGUAAUCGCUCAACGAGAAAUGUUUCAAAGAUAACUUCAGGGUCCAAACCCAGAACCUCAUUGCUGGAAAGUGAAGCUCCAUUUCCUAUUGGGGGCAAGAAAGCAAUGAUGAAAUUCAGGAACUACAUGGACAAUUCCCAGAGGCCGGAUACCUACCAACUUCCAGACAUUAACAGUUACCUGACACCUAUCCCCCCGACACCCCAACCUCAAGCAGGAAAGAUCUCCAGGGAGAACAGGUCCGAGCCUUGGAGGAGGAAGAGGCUGCGUCCCAUCACGGCUCCAAAUGGCUUAGAGCCCCUCUACACCAGGGAUCCGGGAAGGAUUUACAAAGCAGCACCACAUAGCAAUGCAGUUAUCACAAUGGUCUAUUUCGGGAAGAAUGUGCACCUAUCUUAUGAAGACACAGACUUUCGAGAUGAAAUCAAGAUUUACCAACAGCACUGUGGAGGAGAGAACCUCUGUAUCUACAAAGGCAAACUGCUUGAGAAAGACACCUUUCAGUUUAUCUCCAAACGACACCAUGGCUUCCCCUUCAGCCUCACCUUCUUUUUGAACGGGAUUCAAGUGAACAGGCUCAGCUCCUGCUGCGAGUUCAAGCACCGUAGGAGCUCGAGGCUCGGAGGCAAGAGAGGCUACUUCGGGAUUGUGAAUGUGGAGAAGGCAUCUCCUUGCUACAGGUGUAUUAUUGCCAUGGGCCUUGACAGAAAACCAUCUCCAACAAAACCUAGGAAGGAAAAGACUGUUGAGAAGAAGGAGGAACCACUGAAGAAGAGUCAGGGGAAACUGAGGAAGGACCGAGAUAAUACACCAUCGAGAAGGAACAAGAUGGAGGGGAAAGAAACCUUGGUCUCAACCACUUUUUCAGCGGAGGAAAUAAAGCCAGGCGUCAGAGAAGUGAGAACAGCUAUAGAGGAAAUGGAAUGGAAGGGCGAGUCAGGACAAGAUGUUUGGGAAGAGGACCAGGAAAACGCUUUUAAAUACGACUACGAAGAAGAUUUCGAAGUAGAUGAGGAAAAACAAGAUGAGAGAGCUGAAGACGAGGGUCAGGCUGAAGAUCAGACGAGUGCAACAUCCAAGUCACCCACCGAAGGAGAAAAAGAUAAUUUAAGCCUUGAAAAGGAGGAGGCACCGGAUGUCCACGACAGUGACAACCGUGAGGAUGAUGGGUGCUCGGACAGUGAAGAGGAUAGACAAGAUACUAAGACCCUUUCAUCGAUCUCAUCCAGAAGUCACCCUUACUCCAGUGACAGUGAAGACGAUUCUACGGAGCUGUGUGCAGAUGCCCACUCUGGAAACAGUGCGGGGGGAAGUUCCACAAGUUCCUCUUCUCACGACCUACAGGAAAACGAUGACCAAGGAAAAUUCCACUUUCCAGCCGAGGAGUCCUUGGAAACUGAGAUCGAAGAGCAAGAAAUCACAAAAGUAGAUGUGGAUAACGGCCCUCCAUCGACAGAGGUUAGAUAUAUACAUGUUACUGAGGAAGAACCAACAGAGGGAACCCAAGAGAUUACAGAAGCCAAGAUGUCUAGGCAGUCUGCUUCUCCAGAGGCAAAGGCUAAAAGUCAGCUCCAGGUAGGAGGCACAACUGUGGUAGAGGACAGAAAAGCAGGCCUCCCUGGGCUGGAAGAAGAGGUUGCACAGGUAACAGGUGAAGCCCAAUCACCUGAACACUACCGCUCCCACACGGCAGCUGGACUUAGCACCACAGAGGACGAUGGGAUGACACCCACGAGAAAACUGGAGGUCAGCCUGGGUGGAGUGGUGGAGGAAAGAGCAGCCAUCAGCUCAAAUGAGCAGCCCGAGCAAGCUGCACAAGAGGUGUGCCCACCGGAGAAGGAAACAGCCAUGGAGGAAGAUGAAUGUUCCCAGUCUGAGGAUGCUGACACCAAUGCAGGACCGAGGGAGAAAGCAGGAAUGGAGGAAGACGAAGCCCACCAUCCCCAGGAUGCUGACAUGGACAUGGGGCUGAGGGAGAAAGCAGGGAUUGCAGAGGUCCCCUUAGGGAAGAAGAGCCCUACAGAAGAGCAGUCGACAGAGGAAGGGGAGCGCCCGCCGAGCACAGCUAGGGAGGCAGAGACAGGCACAGAAGGCUGUGGCGGGUCUGGAGAGGAGCAGUUAAACCCCACAGGAAAAACAGCAGUGGGCGGCUCAGCGGCGUUUCUAAACGUGGAGCAAGCACUGGACAGUCAGAGGACGGUGGACCCCGACAGGCAGCGCUUGCUGCAGACAGUGAUGGGGAAAGGAAGGGCAGUUUCUGGAAGGGAGCCAGUUUUGGAGAGGGCAGUGCUCACAGAGAGCCCAGAGUUCAGCUCAGAGACUCCUGGGGAAUCAGCAGUUCUGAAAGAAUCAGGGACUCCUGAAGUGGAGGAGGCACAGAGCCAGGCAGGCUCCCCAGGACCGGAUGGGAACCAAGGCAAAGAGGGAGCUCUCACAGAGCUAGAGGACAAGGGGCCCGUGGAGGACGCAGCACCAGAGAGAGAGGAUGGUUCGGAAGAGGCAGUCCUUGGAGGGGAGAAAGCAGCUAUGGAGAGGAAGGGGGUUCUAGAAGGACAAGCACCCUCGAGCUCCUCAGCAGGAGAAGCAGGGGCAAGCCCCAGAGAGGCAGUCCAGGGCCACCCUGAGAAACUCUGUAAGGCAGACACACCAAGGGAGGGAGUUGUGGCUGACACGCAAUCUGUCCUGGAACAGGAUCCCACAGCAGUGCUCCCGGGGGAGUUCACUGCAGCUGCAGACCGGAGGAAAGUUGAGAGGCCCCCAACACCUCCCAGAGAAACUGGAUCUGAAAGAGAAGAGGGGACAGGGGUCAAGGUGGUGAAGACAGAAGAGAAGUUAGAGGAGCAGAAAGCUGAAGGGGCAGAGGAGGGCACAGCGGAGGGAGUGAGGUCUGUGGAAGACGCCUAUGCAUCCCCCAAUAAGAUGGAGGCUGAUCCUGAGGGUGUAAAUCCCACAGGGGCGACCGAGUUGAGUGAGGACACAAGGCUUCUAGAAGAGUCACCCAAAGAAAGAACCAUUGCCUUGUUUGAAGCAAAACUUCAAUUUGGGAAGUUAGUGGAAGAUAAUGAAGCCACAGCCACAGAGCACAGAGGAGGAGGAGAAGAGCUGCCAGGCCCGGAGAGUGAGGCUCCAUUGCAGCAGGGGAGGAUGCCCUGCGCCCCUGGACCUGAGCCAGCAGGCAAAGCUCGGGGGCCUGAGAGUGUGUUCACAGCCAGAGGCCGAGAGAGGCCUGCCAAGGAGCUGGGCAGCCUCGAGGGACCAGAGAGACCGGGUGAAGAAGAAGGGCCUUUGCAAAGGCAGAGAAGGGACAUCGUAAUGACGUGUGGACAUCUUCCCGCGGAAAAGCUCACCGUAACAGAGCUGUUCAGCGGAGAGGCUGAGGGCGAGAAGACACAGGAAGAGGGCGGUGAGGUCAGAAAGCACCCUCCAGGAACAGUGGCUGACAGCCUGGCAGGGCAGGACUGGGCCACGGGAGGAGGCACGGUCAAAGAUGAGGAGGAUGCACAUGGAAGAGGAGUUGAAGAAACAGUUGCAGAGCACGGGGAGGGGCGGGCAGAGUCAUUGUCCACUUCUGGGGACAGUGUGACCUCCUCCUUUGCAGAUGUCCAGAAGGAAACCUGGAACGGAGCAGGCGAGGCUCCAGGAGAAACAGCAGCCGAGGACAGUGUGGCAGCUGAGGACAUGACAUCCAGGACAGAGAAGGUGGCCGUGGUAGAGGGAGUGGCAUCAGCAGAGGCUGGGGAGGUCACACAGGAACAGAAGCCUCCUGAAGUGCAGGGCUCAGAGCCAGGGGAAGCGAAGGCCUCUCAGCAUGCAGGCACGGCUGUGGAGGAGACAGGGACUAGGAGGCAGGAUGAGGGGCACCAGUCAGGAGCAGCUGAGGAGUUCAGAGGACCAGUGCCUCAAGGAGAGACAGAGCUUAGCAGUUUCUAGAGGCAGCACUUCCCAGGAAGCUGGAUUUUUCUGGAACCCCAGAGAAAUUGCAAAGAGAAAGUUCCCUUGAUCACAAUGGAGUACAUAUAUGUAAUAUGAUGCUUAAAUACCUAAGUUUUGAAUAGUGGAAGUAAACUUCAAAAUAUAUUUAUUUUACAUAUUCUGUUGUUUCCAAGACACCAUCAGGUCAUUAGGGCCUAAUUUCUAUUAUUUUGAAUGAUUUUUACCCAUAGUGCUAUCUUUUUUCCCCCAGCAUAUUAUGGGAAAAGACUGAUACAGGCACCUCACCAGUACUUUAGAUUUUCUUUUAACUCGCUGUUGGCCUUCUUUGGUCUUGAUCUGUAGGUGCUGGUCAGUAGGUUAGUAACCAUGGUGAAAUAGCUCAGGUAGAUUGCUCUCACGGGAACUGUGGUCCCAAACAGAGAAUGGGGGGUAUUGAACAUUCUACACAGCUAUAUUUAAAUCAAAGUGAUAAUUUUUUAAAUAUUUGGCUUUUACCAAAGAUUACCAGAAGGCGAUCCCUGAUGACUUGAAUUUGUUUAAAUCACUUUUUAUUUGCAGUUAAAUAUUAGUCCCAGUUUCAUGCAUGGAAUUGUGUCUUAAUCACCUGGUCUUCAGAAUGAGCUGCUCGGCCUCUUCCAUGUCCACUUAAAACUGAAGAUUGCCCCAAGCCUUUCCAAGUCCUUCCAGGAAAAGGAUUCCAUGGUGUGGAAAUUCACUUUCUCUUGGAAACGUUAAUUAUUCCUAUUUACACCUGGUGUGUGUGUGUGUGUGUGUGUAAAGUGAGAACCUUCCUGAAAGUGCCCUUUGCUUGUGUGUCUUUGUGUCCCAUUUUCUCUGGUAGACUGGCAAAGUGUGACUUUCAGCAUUUUGUCAUUGGGAGCAUUAUUUAUCAGAUUUCUCAAAUGCAAAAAACAAAAAAAAGUACUUAGUCUAGGUAACUCUGAGAAGUGUGGUUGUAAUGGGAAAACUUGCUCCAUCACACAUACCCUGGUCCAUCACAGGCACUCUGGGAAGACAUGGUCCAUCACACACACACUCUGGGAAGACAUGGUCCAUCACACACACUCUGGGAAGACAUGGUCCAUCACACACACUCUGGAAAGACCUGGUCCAUCACACACACUCUGGGAAGACCUGGUCCAUCACACACACUCUGGGAAGACAUGGUCCAUCACACACACUCUGGGAAGACAUGGUCCAUCAUACACACUAUGGGCAGACAUAGUCCAUCACACACACUCUGGGAAGACCAGGUCCAUCAUACAUAUCCUGUACCUGAUGUCAUCCUAAAGAUAUGCAGCCUGUGUUCCUUCGGGGUUCUGUUCUGAGUGACCCUACAAUAUGUUAGCAAUCAUAAUCACUCUUCAGAGGGUGCCCAUAUACAGUUUCCUAGUUGGAUACCAGCAUAUUGUGAGGGUCUAAGUUUUCUUGAAGACAUCCACACACUAUGCCCCAAAGGUCACAAGUGAGAAGAUGAGAGUUUUUCCCAGGCAGCAAUUCCCCAGCAGGAGGAGAAUCAACCUUUCAUGGGGGACUUUCACGACUGAAUUCUUUCCCCAUAACAAAGCUUCAGAUAUACUUGGUCUUAAAUGAACCUAUGCAUAAAUAUUUAAUUUUUUCUUGAUUCUACUAUGUAGCCAAAGUUGAGGACUUUUCCCCCCAGUCAUCAGACAGUCAUGCUGUCUGCCAUCUGCUCUGUGUUGCUAUUGUCAAGGUGUCCUGUUGUUACAGAUGGUUUUAAUUUUGAUGAUUGUUCAGGAGCUUCUUGAUAAUCAAUGAUGUACCAGAGUAGACAUAUUGGAACAGAGAGUGGACGGAUCAUUUUAUCACGGACAUUAUCACCUACAGCUUGCCACCUGCCCUCUUCUCAUAAUUAGAAACUGCAGAGGGUGUUGGGGCAGGGGCGUGGUGGGGGGAGGGGCAGAAACUGCUGCUUUACCAAACCUUGGAGGUGAUUGAUUCUGAAGUGUACCAAAGCCUGAACGCUGCUCAGAUGGAUCACUAGUUACACCGAGGCCUCAUUGUGGUUAAAAAACAGAUUGCAGGAACACUGUCAAGUUCAUCUUGGUCUCCUUGUCUUUUGUGACAAAGCAUACAGCAUGUGUGGUCAUUCUAAAGGAGAUGGUAAUCACCAUAAAAGUGAUGGAUCCACCCUUCAGCUCAUUUCAGUAUGAUUGUAUGGGGUGUAUUUGGGACUUGCCUCUCAGUCAGCUGAAUCUGACAGCAGGCUCCCUGCCCUGUGCUCUGUUCUAUGGCUGGAUCUCAUCUCCUCCACAUCCAGAUCCACGGCAUUACUGUGACCGAUAUAGGACUUCACCCAGCAUUAUCCGCCAUACUACAGAACACUUGGAGCACAAGAACUGAUGAGAAAGAUUUUGCAAACUUGUUAAUCAUGUUGAAAAAUGAGGUUUGUACAAUGUGCUAAAUGGAAAUUGCCUUGGAUUAUUUUUAUAUUUAACACCUUCCAUCGGCCCAGUCUGUAGCACAAUUCUACAAUCUGCAUGUGGAUUUAACUGUGAAAUUCAGUGUUGUGAUGUUUUGAUUGAGUGAAUUUUAUCUUUGUAAAUAUUACAACAAUAAAAUUAUGUUUAGUGAAA